CGGCGCCUGGCCCCAGCUACCAUGCUGCACCACACGGCUUUCCUGUUGCACUGCCUCCCGCUGAUCAUGGGACAGUAUGACAUCUGCAAAUCCUGGGUGACCACAGACGAUGGGCCCAUGUGGGAGUUCUACGCCUGCCAACCUAAGGCGAUACAGAUGAAGGACUACAUGACCGUGAAAGUGGACCCCUUGGAGAUCACCUGUGGGAACCCCCCAGAGAGGUUUUGCACUCAUGAGAACCCGUACCUGUGCAGCGACGAGUGUGACGCAUCCAACCCUGACCUGGCCCACCCGCCAAAGCUGAUGUUCGACAGAGAAGACGAAGGCCUGGCAACCUACUGGCAGAGCGUGACGUGGAGUCGCUACCCGGAGCCCUUGUUGGCCAACAUCACACUGUCUUGGAACAAGAGCAUCGAGCUGACAGACGACAUUGUGGUGACUUUUGAGUACGGCCGCCCCACCGUCAUGAUGCUGGAGAAGUCCUUGGACAAUGGCAGGACUUGGCACCCCUAUCAGUACUAUGCGGACGACUGCAUGGAAGCCUUUGGCAUGCAGGCACGGCGGGUCAGGGAACUCUCCGCCACCAGCGCCAACAGGAUCAUCUGCACGGAGGAAUAUUCCCGCUGGGCGGGCUCCAAGAAGGAGAAGAACGUCCGCUUCGAGGUGAGGGACCGUUUUGCCAUUUUUGCCGGGCCGGAUCUCAGAAACAUGGACAACCUGUAUACGAGGCUGGAAAGUGCCAAGGGUCUGAAGGAGUUCUUCACUGUAACAGACUUGCGGCUGAGGCUCUUGAGACCAGCGCUCGGGGGCACCUAUGUGCAGAGGGAGAACUUGUACAAAUACUUCUAUGCGGUUUCCAACAUCGAAGUCACCGGCAGGUGUAAAUGCAACCUUCACGCCAGCCUGUGUACCUUCAAGGAGGGCAGUCUGCAGUGCGAGUGCGAGCACAACACCACCGGGCCGGACUGCGGCAGGUGCAAGAAGAACUUCCGCAGCAAGUCGUGGCGGGCCGGCUCCUACCUCCCCCUCCCCAACGGCUCUCCUAAUGUGUGUGCAGCUCCGAACUUCGGCACCUCUUCCAAGGUUUCCAAACUCAUCCAGUUCAAGUCCAGCUCGAUCCCACUGGCACCCAUUGAAAGAUUUAAAGACUGUGAAUGUUACGGCCACUCCACCCGCUGUAGCUUCAUCGACUUCCUGAAUCUGGUGACCUGCAUCAGCUGCAAACACAACACACGGGGCCAGCAUUGCCAGCAUUGCCGGCUGGGCUACUACCGGAACAGCUCUGCGGAACUUGACGAUGAGAAUGUCUGCAUAGACUGCAGCUGCAACCGGAUCGGAUCGGUGGCCAACCGAUGCAACGACACCGGCUACUGCGACUGCAAGGAAGGCGUCACGGGGCCCAAGUGCGACGACUGCCUGCCCAGCUACUACUGGAGACAGGGCUGCUACCCGAACGUGUGCGACGACGAACUCCUGCUGUGCCAGAACGGGGGCACCUGCUACGAGAACCAGCGCUGCCUCUGCCCGCCGGGCUUCAAAGGGGUCCUCUGCGAGCAACCCAAAUGCGAAGGGGAGCACAAGGACUGCGAUGGGGCCUCCAGCGCCCUCCUCAGCCCGGCUGCCUUCCUCCUCAGCUCUCUGGCCCUGCAGCUGCGACACUGGGGGGACCUUUGA